AUGCCAAACCGUACCAGCGCGCCGUCUCGUCCCGCCCCGCCGCCGGCAAUGAGGGCGGGCGACCGCGUGAGCAUCGUGGCGCCCGCCGGGGCCGUGGACGCGCGACUGCUGCGACAAGGCUGCGACGUGCUGGCGUCGUGCACAGGGCCUCCCCUUUCCAUCGUUCUGCCCCUCCCCUCCCCCUCGUUCUGCCCCUCCCCUCCCCCUCGUUCUGCCCCUCCCCUCCCCCUCGUUCUGCCCCUCCCCUCCCCCUCGUUCUGCCCUCCCCUCCCCCUCGUUCUGCCCUCCCCUCCCCCUCGUUCUGCCCCUCCCCUCCCCCUCGUUCUGCCCUCCCCUCCCCCUCGUUCUGCCCUCCCCGCUCUUCUUGAGCUCGGCAGGGGGCUCGUGCCGGUCGUGCAUCCGCAAGUCGCACUGCGCCAAGCCUACCUCGCAGGCUCGGACCAAGCCAGAGCCGCAGGUCUGGUGGAGGCGUUUCUGGACCCCUCCACGCGCGCAGUGGUGUGCGCCCGGGGCGGGUAUGGCUGUGCGCGCCUGCUGCCCCUGCUGGAGCGCGCGCUUAGGGGGGAGGGGCAGGGGGAGGGGGGAGGGGAGGCGGAGGGGAAGGGGGAACGAGAAUGGGAGUGCGGAGGCUGGGAGUGCGGGGAGAGGGAGGCGGAAUUGGAGAGAGGCGCGGAGGCAGUGUUGGGGGAAGGAGGAGCAGCGAUUGAGGGCAGGACGGAUGAGGACAGGGGGCAUCACGCCAAGGGAAAUGAGCGGGUGGAGUGUGGGGGCACUGGGGGUGAGGGCAAGGGGGAUCAAGGAAAGGCGAAUGAGGGCGAGGGUGAGGCAGGCGGAUGGGCGCAGAGGGUUGAUGGGUGGGCGGAGUGUGUGGCGGAGGAGGGGGGUAGUAGGGGGACGGUGAUGGGGGGAGGAGAGGAUGGAGGGGAGGGGCGUGCAGAGGUACGGGAGGGCGUGGGGACAGCGAGUGAAAGGGCAGCAGGAGGCGAUGGUGGGUGCAGAGGUGCAGAUAGAUCAACUGGUUGCAGUGCUGAUGUGGCACGAUGCUCUACUGCUGACGUGGCGCAAGGCAGCAGCAGGCGCUCGUGUCUUGCUACACAGAUCCGCCGCAAGCGAUUCUUCGGCUUCAGUGAUGUCACGGCGCUGCACAGUUUCUUCCAGGCGGAGCUAGCAGAGCCAAUCAUCUCCUUCCACGCGCCCAUGCCAGCCACAUCAUUCUUCACCGACCAAUCAGCAACCGCCAGCAGAGCAGCCCUCCGUGCCGCCCUCUUCGAACCCUCGCUCACUCUCGCCUGCCCCCCGCUUCAGGGCCGCUGCCUCCAGAGGGGCUGGCUGGCCAAUCCCUCCUCUUGCUGCCGCCCAAACCGAGUGCAAGGGCGGCUGCUGGGCGGCAAUCUGUCUGUUCUGGCGUCGCUGGUGGGGUCCAAAUGGGUAGCGGGGCGGCGAGACACGUGCCGUUGCUGCUGCAGCAGCGGUGGUGGGGGUGCGGAGGACAGUGAUGGCGCGGGGGGCAGUGAUGGUUUGAUUCUGAUGCUGGAAGAUGUGGGGGAGGAAGAGUACCGGGUGGAUCGCAUGCUGCACCAGCUGCUGCCCUCUCUGCUGCCCUCGCUGCUCCCCCCCGCCCCUCCUCCCUGCCAUGCUAGGGGAUGCGCCCACUCACAUGCUGCUGCCGCCCAUUCUGCUGCCGCCCAUUCUGCUGCCGCUGAUGCUGCUGCCCAUACUGCCACCCAUGCGCCAUGGAAGGACCUGGGCUCCUACCAUCAUGCCCAUGCGCCAUGGAAGGACCUGGGCUCCUACCAUCAUGCCCAUGCGCCAUGGAAGGACCUGGGCUCCUACCAUCAUGCCCAUGCGUGUUGCCCCGGCAGGGGGCACGGCACACAGGGCCAUGUGACGGCCCUGUCAGGGCUGGUUCUGGGAACCUUCUCCAAUUUCCAGGGCAUGAGUGACGAGGCACGAGCUGCUCUUGACGCGCCCCACAGUACUGCCUGCACCCUUCCCUCUGCACCACUGCCCUGCUUGGACAGUCAUUCAUUCCAAAUGUUCCUUCUGUCAUCCACAGCCGUUCAUCUUACCUCUCACUCCCCAUUCCAUCCACCGCACACAGAGAGUGUUCGACCAAUCGUGGAGGAGCAGUACGGAGGCGACUGGGACAAGUGGUUCUGGCUGGGACAGGUGUCGCUCCCUCAUUGGCUGCCGGUGCUGGCGGGGCUUCCCAUUGGCCACACGAGUGACAACAGAGUGGCUCCUAUUGGUGCUCUCGUGGAGCUUGAUGUUGAAACCGCAACGCUCACUGCACUGUGA